CGAUAAAUAAUGCUAAAAUAAGGACAAAGAAACAUUCUAUUUUAAUUGAAUUUAUUAUGUUGUGUUUUUUUUAUGAGAAAAUCUAUAAAAUUAAAAAUGAAAUGAAGUAAUACAAUUAGUGGGAUCGGUGAAACAAUGAAUUACUUUGUCUUUAAAUGUUCUGUUAUUUUAUCGAUUAGUUUUACUUUCGCACUCACGUGAUUUCAAAAUGUCGGAACAGCUGAUCGCAUUUUGAAAAGAAGCAAAGAAGAAAAAAUGAAGUUUUACUGAACAGGGAAGGAAAUAUCCAUCGGAAACUCUAUCUUAACGAUGUCUAUACAAACAAAUUAUUUAAAUGAAGGCACGCCGUUGCUGGAUAAAGAAGUCAUUAUUAUAGCACAACCAAGAACAGGAUCAUCAUGGUAUGCCUCUGUAUUCUUGGUUGUGAAUGCAGCUCUUGGGGCGGGCCUCCUCAAUUUCCCAGAUGCCUAUCAACAAGCAGGAGGAGUGUUAAUAGCUGUUUUAAUUCAGGCGAUUCUUUUGGUGUUUGUGGUGUGUGCAAUAAUGAUCUUGGCAUAUUGCUCUGAUAUCAACAAAAGUCUCACUUAUCAAGAUGUUGUUGCAUCUGUGUGUGGAAAGAAUGCACAAAGACUGUGUGCAUUUACCAUUAUGACAUAUUGUUUCGGAACCUGUAUAACAUUCCUUAUCAUCAUUGGUGACCAGUGGGAGGAAUUCUUCCUCUUUUCUGCUCAUGACUGGUACUGUAAACACAGUCCAUGGUACAUGGAUCGUGUGACGACUAUUUGUGUGUCUUCUGUUCUACUUAUUCUCCCUUUAUGUUUCCCAAAGAGGAUAGACUUCCUUAAAUAUGCAAGUGUUAUAGGAGUAAUCGGUAUUCUCUAUGUUGUUGGUCUUGUGACAAUAAAAUAUUUUCUACCUCAUCCAGAACCAGGGCCAAUUGCUACCAGGCCACUACAUUGGGAGGAUGUUUUUCUGGUUGUUCCUACUAUUUGUUUUUCCUAUCAGUGUCAUGUCAGUAUUAUUCCCAUCUAUUCGUGCAUGGAGAAUCGCAGCCUGCGAGAAUUCUCUAAGACAGUGGCAGUCGCUAUGUUUCUGUGCGUUCUGAACUAUACAGGGACAGCUGCAUUUGGCUACCUGACCUUUGGCAAUUUGAUCACUACAGACAUUUUGUUGUCUUAUGACCCAGAUGCAUCAGUCAUUAUUGCUGUCCUUCUGAUUGCCAUUAAGACAUAUACAACAUACCCCAUUCUUUUAUUUUGUGGCAGGGCUGCUUUCGAUUGCCUGUGGAGAGAUUUCUUUAAAAUGAGUCCCGAGCGAAUUGAACAGACAGAGUUCAAACAUCGUAUUACGGUAACCAUCAUCUGGUUUGUCCUAACGCUGGCUCUGGCCGUCUUUAUACCAAACAUAGGAGUAGUCAUACAGAUCCUAGGAGCAUUUGCUGCCAUAUUUAUUUUUAUAUUUCCAGGAAUGUGUGUUUUGUCAGCGGUACAGAAGAAGGUCAGGGAACUAGGUCACUGGACCACAAAGUUCCAGGCCAUUACAGCAUUUUCUUGUGCCUUUAUUGUGUUAGGAACAUUUAUUUUUGGACUAACUCUGUCUCAAUCCAUAAUUCAGGAUGAACACGGUGUCAAGGGGGACAAGUCUCGAUAUACAUGUUGAGUUAAUCAAUGUUAAAUUCGAAAGGAUCAAAUUUUAAAUUACCUUAUUAAGUCUAAACUGAGUGAAUGUUUACCAUCAAGAAUGAGAUGUAAUUAAUGCUUUAUGAAUAUAAUAUUGUGCCAAAAUAUAAUGUAUCAUUUUGUUUUUAUUAGGUAAACUAAAUAAGAGUAAUAUCUUUCAAUA